CGAUCACCAUGACAACCUCAGCCCUGCGCCGGCAGGUGAAGAAUAUUGUGCACAACUAUUCCGAAGCAGAGAUCAAGGUUCGCGAGGCCACCUCGAAUGAUCCAUGGGGCCCGUCCUCAUCUCUCAUGUCAGAGAUCGCUGACUUGACCUUCAACGUAGUGGCGUUUGCCGAGGUCAUGGGCAUGGUGUGGAAACGCCUCAACGACAGCGGCAAGAAUUGGAGGCAUGUCUACAAGGCUCUGACUCUGUUGGAUUACCUGCUGAAGACAGGGUCAGAGAGAGUGGCCCAACAGUGCCGUGAGAACGCCUUCACUAUUCAGACGCUACGUGACUUCCAGUACGUAGACCGUGACGGCAGAGAUCAGGGGGCCAACGUUAGAGAAAAAGCACGCCAACUGGUGUGUCUCCUCCGUGACGAGGAGCGGCUUCGACAAGAGAGGAGUCAAGCCUUAAAGACCAAGGAGCGAAUGGCUGGGGGAGGUAGCGGAGGGGGCGGGGGGGUGUAUGGAGGGAUACCCCCGUCUUACCACCCAGGCAGACGAACAAGCCAGCCCAGCAUGGCUGUGCUGUACGGGGAGGAGUUCAGCCGCUCCAGAGGCUCUCCGUCCUCCUUUAACUCCUCGUCCUCGUCUCCUCGUGCUGCCUCAGACCUGGAGCAGGCUCGACCUCAGACGAGCGGCGAGGAGGAGCUGCAGCUCCAGCUGGCUUUAGCCAUGAGCAGGGAGGAGAGUCAGAAGGAGCAGUGCUGUCGCCAAGGAGACGAGUCUCUGUUACAGAAGGCCCUGGAUGAGAGCAGGAGAGAGAGUCAGUCGGGGACACAGGAGUCGGCCAUGUUGGACCUGGUCGACAUAUUUGGCCCCUCAUCUGAGGUCCCACCUCAGCCUAGUGACCCUUGGAACUCUGCCCAACCCACCGGUGACAUCACCUCUGACCCCUGGGACUCUGUAGCGGUCCACUCCAGCACUCCUGUGAUUGGCAGCCCUUGGACGGCCCCUCCUUCAUCCUCCAAUGCGACCAACCCUUGGGCUCCAUGUGCCGACUCUCACACAGACCCCUGGGAAGCAGCGCCUGUCUCCUCCAGUCCUGUCACUCAUGCGUGGGACAGCCCAACAGACGGAGGUGGAGAUGGAAAAGAUCCGUUCGCUGCACAGGAAGAGGAAAAUCCUAAACAAGAGGUUCCUCAAGUGUCCUCCCCUCAACCUGCUAGUCCUACAGAUGCAGAGCUGUUUGGGGUAAAGGCAGAGUCCGACCCUUUUGCUGGAGCAGAUUCGAAGCCAGAUCCAUUCGGGACCGACCCUCCUGUGAAACCCCAGGUCAAUGGACGAGAAUCGUCCAGCCCUGAGAUGUUUGAUCUGUCCCGGCUAGCACCCCCGCUCAGUGCCCCACCUACACGUGUUUGUCGAACCCCAGAAGCCUUCUUGGGACCUACAGGGGCCUCACUGGUCAAUUUAGACGCUCUGAUACCCUCCAACCCUCCUAGUAAGACGCACAACAACCCCUUCCUCUCAGGUCUGAGUGCUCCGUCUCCCACCAACCCCUUUCACUGCGACCAGCCUCGCCUCACCCUCAACCAAAUGCGACCAUCCUCAACAUCCCCACUGCCCCCCCACACCCCCUCUUACAGCCCCUCACUACCCCUCCCUCUGCACCACCAGCCACCCAUCCUCCCCUCCUCUCUCACACAACCUCCCGCCGGCCUCCUGGACCUUCCCUCCAACCUCCCACAGCCCCUGCUCCCCCUUUCUCCACGACCAGCGCAGCGCACUCAGUCACAGACACACAGCCACAACCCCUUCCUCUGAGAGCUCUUCAGCUCUCAUCUGCAGAGGGAGACGAUAGGAUGGACUCUUUUUUUGGAAUAAUCUAUGCCGACUACAACGAGA